AUGGCCCAGGUGCAGAAGUCCAAGGAGGCCAAGAUGAAGGCCGCCAUGGCUGGUGGCAAGUCCCGCAAGAAGAAGUGGGCCAAGGGCAAGGUUAAGGAGAAACUGGCGAACUUGGUGAUGUUCGACAAGGCCACCUACGACAAAAUGUUGAAGGAGAUCCCCAAGGCCAGGCUGAUCACGCCCUCCGUGGUCAGUGAGCGUCUCAAGGUGAACGGCUCCGUGGCACGUCAGGCCAUCCGACACCUGGAGGACAGGGCAGGGUUGCAGCUGUCAUCCUUCAGGUCCAGCAAGCAGAUGAUCUACACCCGCAAGAUUGGUGGCGCAGAGGUCAGAUGGGACUCGGCUUCCAUUUUUUGGGUCUCAAACAUCGCCGUGAUGGCAAGUGUGCAGAAGUCCAAAGAGGCCAAGAUGAAGGCCGCCAUGGCUGGUGGCAAGUCCCGCAAGAAGAAGUGGGCCAAGGGCAAGGUCAAGGAAAAGCUGGCGAACCUGGUGAUGUUUGACAAGGCCACCUACGACAAGAUGCUCAAGGAGAUUCCAAAGGCCAGGCUGAUCACGCCCUCCGUGGUCAGUGAGCGUCUCAAGGUGAACGGCUCCGUGGCGCGUCAGGCCAUCCGACACCUGGAGGAGAAGGGCAUGAUUGCCCACGUGGGCGAGAAGUCCAGCAAGCAGAUGAUCUACACCCGAAAGAUCGGUGGUGGCGAGGACUAA